AUGCUGUCCAGGACAAUUAGGCGGAGCAUUGCGUCGCCCUUGAGGCGCAAUGUCGUCGCUCCGGUUGCGCGCCCCGCCUUCAGGUUCGUCACCACGGACGCCGCUUCAUCGCAUACCGACCCGGCGAAUGUGCCUGCGGAGGAUGACAAGCCCUUCGAGAUCCGCCUCUCGGACGAGGCCUUUGAGACAUACGAACUCGACCCGCCACCAUACACAAUGGACGUCACCAAGAAGGAGCUGAAGCAGAUGUACUACGACAUGGUCGCUGUCCGGUAUGAAAACUCCGAGUUUCAAUGUGCCCACAUAUGCUCAGCUUCUAACGCGGCCACCAGACGCAUGGAAAUGGCCGCCGACAGGCUCUACAAGGAGAAGAAGAUUCGGGGUUUCUGCCAUCUGUCUACCGGUCAAGAGGCGGUUGCCGUCGGUAUCGAACACGCCAUUGAACGCGCCGACCAUCUCAUCACCGCUUACCGCUGCCACGGCUUCGCCCUGAUGCGCGGCGCGACCGUCAAGUCCAUUAUCGGUGAACUGCUCGGCAGGAGGGAGGGUAUUGCGUACGGAAAGGGUGGAUCCAUGCACAUGUUCGCCCCCGGUUUCUACGGUGGAAACGGUAUCGUCGGUGCCCAGGUCCCUGUUGGCGCUGGUAUCGCUUUCGCAUGCCAGUACACCAACAAGAAGAACGUCACCCUGGCCCUUUACGGAGACGGUGCCUCCAACCAGGGUCAAGUUUUCGAGGCUUUCAACAUGGCCAAGCUCUGGAACCUGCCCGUCAUCUUCGGCUGCGAGAACAACAAGUACGGUAUGGGUACUGCCGCUAACCGCUCGUCUGCCCUCACCGACUACUACAAGCGUGGUCAGUACAUCCCUGGUCUGAAGAUUAACGGCAUGGAUGUCCUUGCCGUCAAGGCUGCCGUCAAGUACGGAAAGGAGUAUGCCGCUGCUGGCAAGGGUCCUCUCGUCUACGAAUACGUUACCUACCGUUACGGAGGACACUCCAUGUCCGACCCUGGAACAACAUACCGCACUCGUGAGGAAAUCCAGCGCAUGCGCAGCACAAACGAUCCCAUUGCCGGCCUCAAGCAGAAGCUCCUCGACUGGGGCGUCACCUCUGAGGAUGAGCUCAAGGCGAUCGACAAGCAGGCCCGCACCGACGUUGAUGCUGAGGUCGCCGAGGCGGAGAGCAUGGCUCCCCCUGAGCCCACUGGCAAGGUCCUAUUCGAGGACAUCUACGUCCGUGGCUCUGAGCCCGAGUUCCUGAGGGGCCGCAUUCCCGAGGAGAACUUCUACUACACCGAGCACGACAUGGGCGGUGAGAAGAAGCCUGUCGCCAGGACAGCAUAA